AUUACACAACACAAAAAUAAAGCUUCAAAAUCUAGAUAGAGAACUAAAGUGAGAGUACUAUAGAUCGAGAGACAAAAAAAAAAAAAAAAAAAAAACUCCAUUUAGCAAAACCAACCAAAAAAAAAAAAAUGAACCAUAAAGAAGAGAAUGAAAACCUAAGAAAAGGCCCAUGGACCGAACACGAAGAUGUUCAAUUGGUAUUUUACGUGAACAUGUUCGGCGAUCGCCGUUGGGAUUUCGUAGCAAAAGUUUCAGGUUUAAAAAGAACCGGAAAAAGUUGCAGACUAAGAUGGGUGAAUUAUCUUAAUCCGGGCUUGAAAAGAGGAAGGAUGACUCCUCAUGAAGAGAAGCUUGUUCUUGAGUACCAUUCUAAAUGGGGAAAUAGAUGGUCAAGAAUUGCUAGAAAAUUGCCAGGUCGUACAGAUAAUGAGAUAAAAAAUUAUUGGAGAACUCAUAUGAGGAAAAAAGCUCAAGAAAAUAAAAAGAUGAUGCUAUCUCCAUCUCCGUCUUUCUCAAAUAGCUCUUCCUCGUCAUCAACUUGUACUAAUGACCCCACGGCCGAUUCAAUGCCAAUGACCGAGACCAAAGAAAGAAGUUUUUACGAUACUGGUGGAAUAGAAAUGGUGUCCGCGAGAAGCAAAAACAACAAUACCAUAGUAAAACAUAAUAAAGAGAUAACUAGUGAUGAACAUCAUGGGAUCUAUUCUAUGGAUGAGAUAUGGAAAGAUAUAGAACUACUAGAAAGUAAUGGUGGUAUUAACCUCGAUUUUGACCUUUAUAGUGAAAUGGCACCUCAAAUAUGGGAUUACUCUCUCAACAAUUUUUGGAUGAUGGAUGGUGGUCAACAAGACUUUAGUAGAAAUAUGUUUUUCCCGGCAACAAGCGACCAACUAAUUGGGUAAUUAUAUUAGUUAUUUCAUUCAUGAUUCGAUGUUCAUAGAUGCAAUAAGCUUCACCAAGUAUUUGUACAUAUGUUGUGAUGGCGUUUAAAGUGUGAAUUAAGUAUCUGUUAGUUAUUUAGUCAAAAAUCACCGUUGUAAUUAUGUCAAGCAAAAGUUUACCAUACUCGGUUUCCUAUUAUGUUAUCCAAGAGAAAUUUUGUAUUU